GUCACACUCUUCUUCCAUCCAAGUUGGUCAAAAAUAUCUACUCCUAACAUGUUGUCGAGGUUGCGCUCAGGAGCGUUGAAGCAAGCGGCUUCAGCUCCCAAACGGAGCCUGCCUUCAUCUGCUUCAGGCUCACGGGCCUCGGUUCGUUUUGCGUCUUCAAGCGCUUCGUCUUCGUCAAAUGUAUUCGAGUCCUUCAUGAACUCCCGUCUAACUCUCGCUUCCGCAACUUUAUUCACUACUGGCACCGUGGCCUGGUAUGCACACUUCUAUGGCACUCUACCUUUCCUCGGUGAGGUACACGCCAGUCACCUCAGCGAUGAGGGGCUGCAUCCUGUUGCCUAUCCUUGGCCUCACAAUGGCUUUUUCGACACAUUCGACCAUGCUAGCAUUCGACGAGGCUACCAAGUCUACCGCGAAGUCUGUGCAGCAUGCCACUCUCUUGACCGUAUCGCCUGGCGUAAUCUCGUUGCCGUCUCCCACACCGCCGAUGAAGCUCGCGCAAUGGCAGAAGAAGUUGAAUACCAGGAUGGACCGAACGAUGAUGGAGAGAUGUUUCAACGUCCAGGAAAGCUCGCUGAUUAUAUGCCUGCUCCUUACCCCAAUGAAGAAGCUGCUCGCGCUGGCAAUGCUGGUGCUCUUCCUCCUGACUUGAGUCUGAUUGUCAAGGCGCGUCACGGUGGUGCCGACUAUAUUUUCUCUCUUCUCACCGGUUACGUCGACCCACCGGCUGGUGUCGAAGUGCGUGAGGGCAUGAAUUACAACCCAUAUUUCCCCGGCGGUGCCCUUUCGAUGGCUCGAGUCCUUUUUGAUGGCUUGGUCGAAUACGAUGAUGGAACCCCCGCUACUACUUCUCAGAUGGCUAAGGACGUAGUGACUUUCUUGAAUUGGGCCGCUGAGCCUGAACAUGAUGAACGCAAGAAGACUGGAAUCAAGGCGGUUAUCCUGUUCUCUACUUUGUUCGUUCUUAGCGUGUACACGAAACGGUUCAAGUGGGGUCCUAUCAAGAACAGGAAGAUUCAGUACAACCCUCCCGCAGACAAAACAGGACAUUAGAGUUAGAAAUAAAAAUUUCCAUCGCAUAUGCUACGGGAGACUUAAUUUUGCUGAAUGGAAUCUUUCUUUAUACCUCGGUUGAAAUCUUUCUUCACUUGAACACUUUAUGGUAGGUGCUAACCCGGCACUCAGGCUGAUGACCAAGCCCAUCCGGGCAACGAGCUUGCCUGCAAUGUUGCCUGCGGGACAUGACAAGUAUCGCUCUCGCAGUACUUAUAAGGGCGUCUCGGUCUACCUGGCAGUUACUGCAAAUAGAUACGUUAGGUUAGUUUACGAUCUAUCAUUCUGACUUCAAACUCGAAGUUGAAGUUAUGACAUGACCGACCAGAUUUUGAAUUCACUAAGUAUGCUUGCAAUAUUCAUCCUGAGGGCCUGCAGUCACCA